UUUUCUUCUUCUUUUUUUUCUGUUGCAGCAUGUAUGCGACUCCCCUUUGCUAUUUCUAUUAAAAAGUCAUAAAGCGGAGGAAAUCUCUCAGAUUCACGUCGUUCCAUUUGUCGACACCGAAUCAUCUGUGAAGCUUUUACUUUGAAAGGCCUGGCCGGAACUGCGUGAGCUGCAGCCCCACCUCGCUGGAAGCCCCGCACGUUUGGGCGGACGGGGGUGAAACGUCAGCCGGGGUCAGUCAUGAAGCGUCUGCCACGGCAGCCUGCCGCGGGCGCGCGGGGCUAGCAGAGACGGCGGGACGGAGCGGUCUGCAGCCGGGGCUCGCGGGGCUCCUCCAGCAACCGGGAUGGUGGUCGGGGAAAGGACCGGGACCCGGAUCAUCGAUGCUUCUCAGCGGAGGAAGUCGGCGGUUUAACGGAGAGUCAGAAUGAGGAGAGCGAGGGUGACCCGCGCGCUCUUCGCCUUGUGUCUGGGAUGUUUCAUCAUGAUCAUCUAUUACUUCAACAGCAGCCUGAAGCCAGCGUCCGAGUCGCAGGCAGACAGAAGCAGCGGGCAAAAGUCGAGGAGGAGUCCUCUGCAGACGCUGUACGAAGGUGACCAGGUUGAGUCGGCAGUGCAAGCUAUCCAUCAAGGUCGUAGGGAACUGCUGGAGGAAGCGUGCCGCGCCUACACGCGCAAACGGCGAGUCCUCAUCCCCGAAGACCUCAAACACAUCAUCGUGGACGACCAGCAUGGCUUGCUGUACUGCUACGUGCCCAAAGUGGCCUGUACCAACUGGAAGCGGGUCCUCAUGGUUCUGACUGGCGCCUCUGGGGCCCAAAGAGACCCGCUUGCCAUCCCCGCCAACGAAGCCCACGUCCCAGGAAACCUUCGCAUGCUUUCCGAGUUUUCCACCUCCCAGAUCAACCAGCGCCUGCGCUCGUAUCUGAAGUUCAUCUUUGUGCGUGAGCCCUUCGAGCGGCUGGUGUCCGCGUACCGCAACAAGUUCACGCGCAGCUACAACACCGCUUUCCACAAGCGCUAUGGCACCAAGAUAGUGAGGCGGCACAGGGUGGCCCCGGAGCCAGAAGCUCUGGAGAAGGGAAACGACGUCUCCUUUGAGGAGUUUGUGUAUUACCUGGUGGACCCAGCCACUCAGCGAGAAGAGCCCUUUAACGAACACUGGGAGCGCGUGCACUCGUUGUGCCACCCCUGCCUCAUCCACUACGACGUGGUAGGGAAAUACGAGACGCUGGAGCAGGACUCCCGCUACGUGCUGCAGGUGGCUGGGGUGGAGGACCAGGUCAGCUUCCCCGCCUCGUCCAAAAGCACCCGGACUACAGGAGACAUGGCGGCUCAGUUCUUCCACAAUAUCAGCCCUUUUUACCAAAAGAGGCUGUACAACCUCUAUCGCAUGGACUUCCUGCUCUUCAACUAUUCUAUGCCAACAUAUCUCAAGUUCAGAUGAGGUUUUAAACAAGGUCUGAUCAAGGGGGUAGUGGGGUUCCGUAGGCUUGAUUACGAACAAAAGACAUAAUGACUUAAUAAUAGGGGGGGAAAAGUUGGUCACUGGUUGUGAAUGUGUGAAACGAUGUCCAGUCGCGCUUUUCAACUCUUUAAUUAUUUUCUGCUGUUUCCAAAGUUAAUUUGCACACAAGUGUUGUCUUUGCAAGCUGCAGUAGCCCGAUGGGCAAAGUUUUCCUUUUAUAUUCAGACAGUGAAUGUCUCCAAACAUGUGUGCCUUGGAUCGGGAGCCUUAAGUCAAAUUUAUGGUUCUGCGUCGAUAUCGAAGGCGCCGUAUUCGCCAUUUCAUAAAAACUGCAGAAUUUAGAAUGGAAAUACAGAAAUGUGGCAUUAACUGGGCAUAGAAGCAUGAAAAAA